CGACGAAACAAGCGACGGAUACGGCGGCGCCUUUGUAUAAAAGAAUGGGAGAUGAUCUGUAUGAACAUUUGGUUUGAGGAUUUCGUCUAGCACUCUCUGCCGCAAUGGCAUCGGCAAGCAUGGCCUCCCACCUUACCCGCCACGUCUUCCGUCAAUUGCUUGCCAACCAACCCGUUAUACAUCGCGGAUGCCUGCGUAGACGUUCAUACAGCUCGCAAGCAUGCCAGUCAGCGCUGCGCACGAAAAAGCAACGACGCUACGGAACUCGCGUCCUCACAGAGAUGGGUCGGCGGACCUUCUUCAACCUCGCCAUGUUUGGAGGCAAACCGGCCCCGAGUAUCAAGGAUGCAAAUAUGAUACCUGGAAUGGAUAAGAUGAUGUUGCUCGAGCGGCGGCAGAGGAUGCGGGCUCGUUUACCAACACCUGCCGAGGUGGCUCAGGCUUUCAAUGAAUAUCUACGAGAUAGGGUUAAGACUAGCCGAUUGAUCGAAGACAACCAAGCGAAGUUGUUGCUCCUGAGCAUACAAUAUUGCAUGCGAGCUCAGCACGAGGGUGCAGAGGGCGCAAGUCCCUCUGUGGACAUUCCUCUUAUGAUCGAACAUCUCGCCAAAGCUCUACCAUAUACGGCAUACACAAGGACGAGGGCUCGACGAUCCAUGAUUUCUAGUGAUCACUUAGGACUUGCCAAGAUACUACUCGAACACGCCGAAGCAUCUCAAGAGGAUACACCGCAACUGUCCGUCCCAGUCGCUGCUCGCGUCUAUGUGAGAAUUCUCACCAACUCUGGAGAUCCGCUUCAAGCACGUGAUGUUUUGCUUCGCUACGAGCAGCGCAUGCUCAGUAGUAAGAACCUAUCGAGCCCCGAGAAGUUGCGCGGCUCAAAGCUCAAUGCAGAUGAGACCGGCGAGGGAACUGAGAACCUUCAACCCACAGCAGGCUCUCGCGCUGUUGUAGCAGAGUUGUCGGAGAUACUGCAUGAGUUCGCAUCUCGCGGAGAUGAGGGUCAUGCUCUUGAAACACUCGAACUGAUGAGAAAUCGAGCAGGGGAGAGAGAUCCUAUAAUCUCAGAGUCCCUGCUGCGCUUGAACUUGAUCAAGGGCGAUGUUUCGAGUGCUCAUCACUGGUGGGGAGUAUUCUGGGCGGAGAGGAAGCUUCGCUACCAGGAAAAGCCGAGUGGAACUGAGUUCAUGGUUCGAAGAAUCUUCAGAUGGUGUCUGGAACACGAUCAUCCCGAUUUUGGUAACGCUGUAGCUCGGGACAUGAUGGAGGCGAAUCCUUCCAAAGCGACCUGGGAUGAUAUACUCGGAUGGGCGGCAGGCUCCGGAAGGAGCGUCGACGAGAUAGACCGCAUGAUCGACGUCGUUCGAUCUUCUCAGGAUAAAGUGUCCGAAUCCCGGAAGGCGAAGCGCUUUUUUGACGUGCAUACCAUCAAUGCGCUGGUGGAGGCUGCAAUGUUGAAGUCCGAUCCUUACAGAGCGGAGCGCUUUGUCGCAUUAGGCAGGCAACGAGGCAUUGAACCGGACGCAUUGACUUACAAACUCCAAAUGGACUACAGACUCGGUGUGAACGACAUCGAUGGCGCCUUGACGGCGUACCAAAAUUUGCAGGCCGCGCAAUCGGCAAAAGCAGAUAGUGUUCUGUCUGUCAACAAGCUACUAGUCGCACUCUGCAAGAGCAAACGGCACGAUUUUGAUACCAUUAUGAAUGUUGCCGGCGAUCUGUCCGAUCGACGAGCCCGCUUUGAGCCGGAGACCGUCUCCCAGCUUGCUCUACUACACCUCAACCGCGAUGAGAUACACGACGUUAUUGACCUGCUCAACACUCACGCCUACCACUUCUCCUCCGCCGAGCGUGCCGUCAUCCGCGAGGAUAUCGUGGCUUUCUGCCUUGAUGCGAAAACGCCUGUAUCGCGCGCCUGGGACGCUUACAUGAUCGUUCGCGAAGUGUUUGACGAGCUGUCUCGCGAGCCCCGUACGAAGCUCAUGCUGUCCUUCUUCAGCCGCGACCGCGCCGAUAUGGCUGUGUACGUCUUCAACCACAUGCGCAUGCACUCACGUGUAGACACUAUGCCGACUGUCGACACGUACAUCGCCGCCUUCCUCGGUGCGGCGGAGGGACGUGAGCUCGACAGCCUCGAAGUUUUGCAUAACCAGCUUAAGCUCGACUUCAACAUUGAUGUCAACGCCCGUCUUCGGAACUCACUGAUGUUGGCGUAUACGCUCUGUGGCCGCCCGCGUACAGCACUCAGCUUCUGGGACGAGAUCGUGGGGUCCCGCGAAGGCCCGAGUUACAACAGCAUUCACAUUGCUCUCCGCGCCUGUCAGCGCGUCUCUUUUGGUGACCUGAAGGCACAAGAAGUCUGGCAGCGCUUGCGGAGAAAGAAUAUCGAGCUGGAUAACAGCUUAUGGGCCGCUUACAUCGCAGCUCUGGCCAGUGAGGGUAAUUUGAAUCUUGCGGUUCAGACGCUGGAGGAGGCUGAGAAGCAGAAGGAGCUUGAGGUCGACGUUGGCGUGUUGGGUGGAUUGAUGAAUGUGACUCCGACCAGCGAACAGCAGGCGGAGGUGGAGACGUGGGCGAAGCGGAAGUAUCCAGAUCUGUGGAUGGAGCUGGAGGAGUUGAGCGCUGGCUUGACGGAUGACCGCAGGAAGGUGUUCAAUGUGAAUAAGAAGCUGGAGCCUUGAGCAUUCGAGUGUCACUAGGAGUACUCAUUACUGACGCCAGCAAGUGGCACGUUAUUCGGACAGUUUCCCAUGCACCUAGCAUUCCUGCAUGACGACUUCGAAGCGAGCUGCUGUCCAUCACACGGGAACUAUGGCUUGGUGAACAUUAUACAAAAACAAAGCCGAGCAGGCGGAAAUCCGAUUACGCGGCAGAAUGUAGCGAGGUGGUGCUAAGGUAUAGCGCAUGUCAGAAGAUUAGUGGAGGCGAGUAACAUGAGGACAUGAGCGUCAGAAAUAGCAGAAUGAUGAAGCCACUGUCGCAGCUAUAGGUCAGAGGCCAAACAGACAGUGUUCCUGAUACUCAAAAGACAAAGUGUA